AUGUCCUCCACAUGUUUGGUUACAUGACUUUAUAUGGUAGCGUUAUAUCAUUAUAACACUGCGGGUUGCUAGUAUUACUAUUAUGUUCUAAUUAUAUUGUGUAUUGACAAUGUUAUUUUCUCCAGAAUUGAUGCUUUUACAAUUGUUUAGGCUUCUAAAAUGCCCAUCGAGGAAGCUGAACCACACACUUCUGCAGACUCCAGAUGUUAACAAGAAUCGGACCCUUUGGAGACAUGGUGGGCUAUGAGCCCGGGGCUCAGGGUGCAGCCCACUCCCCAGAGGAGGCCGCCCUGUCUGGGUCAGCGGCUGGCAUGGUCACCCGGGUGCUCAUCAGCCCCCUUGAUGUGCUUAAAAUCAGAUUUCAGCUGCAGAUUGAGCGUGUGUCUUCACGGAGGCCCGAGGGAAAGUACCAGGGCUUAUUUCAAGCAUCCCGGUGCAUUUAUUCAGAGGAGGGACUCUCUGCUUUCUGGAAGGGCCACGUCCCUGCACAGCUCCUCUCCAUCUGCUACGGGGCUGUCCAGUUUGCCGCUUUUCAGUGUCUGACGGAGGUGGUCCACAAGUCAACGCUGUACGACGGCCAGACAGCAGGAGUUCACUUCGUGUGUGGCGGCUUCGCUGCGUGCUCGGCGACUGUGGUCUGCCAGCCUCUGGACACACUGCGGACACGCUUUGCAGCUCAGGGAGAAACCAAGGUGUACAGGAACCUGCGUCAUGCCGUGUCCACAAUGUGGCGCUCGGAGGGCGUGCUGAGCUUUUACCGCGGCCUGUGUCCAACGCUGGUGGCGGUGUUUCCUUACGCUGGGCUGCAGUUCUUCUUCUUCAAUGUCUUUAAGAAACUGUUGCCUCCACCACCCAAAGAAACUGGAAACAUAGGAGGGCACCUGAAAAGCCUGUUCUGUGGCAGUGGAGCUGGAAUGAUCAGUAAAACAAUCACAUACCCCUUUGACCUCUUCAAGAAGAGACUGCAGGUGGGGGGCUUUGAGGCAGCCAGAGUUCCGUUUGGACAGGUGCGGAGCUAUCGAGGCCUGGUGGACUGCAUGGUUCAAAUAGCCAGAGAGGAGGGGUUCCGAGGCUUCUUCAAAGGCCUCUCGCCCAGCCUGGUGAAGGCUUCCUUGGCAACGGGCUUAAUCUUUUUUUGGUAUGAGGUGUUCCUCAAUGGCAUGAGUAACCUCAACGAGAGACGGAGAACAAAUGGCCUCACCAAAGACGGAGAGGAAAGAUAGUGGAUGGAAGAAAAAAGAAAAUAAAUGAAGGCACAAUCACGCACAUCAGAAGUAGACUCUUCUUCUUUGCUUGCACUUUUUUAUCAACUGUCGAUUCGGUGGAGGUUUCUGCUGUAAGGAUGAUAGAACAUAACCUCAUUUUACUCGUUUUUGUACUGUCGUUCCAACAUGUGUUGUGUAAGCAGGGAUUUUGUUGUAUGUAUUUCAUAUUAUGGAUGUUUCUAAAAUGGUAGAGAUUCUUGCUUCUGAUCAAACUGAACUUUGCACAUUUUAUGCUCUGACUUUGCCAAUGUUUACACACAUUUUAUGCAACUAUUUAUUCAACUGGAAGAUGAGUAUUCACCAACAUUUGCUUUGGUUGUGUGGUCGACUGUUGUGACAAAAAUAUUUCAUAUUUAUUUUAUUUUGUACGGCAUCCUGUUGACUGUUGGGAAAAAAGCUGCGUAUUAAGAGUUUAGUUUGUUCAAAGUGUCCGUGCUUACAUGUCUAUCCAACUAUUUUUGAGCAUUAUUUUCUAAAUAAAAGUCUUUCAU